AUGAAAUACCCAAUUCUUGAUGACAUUGGCCAGCAGUUUAUUAAACAUGCUGCAGAGUUGGUGAAGUCUGGCCAUACGUUUGUGUAUGUGCUGGACAAUAUCGAUUGGGAGGAGAAGGCACAUGAUAUGAGACAGGAUGUGCAAAACAGAAGUGUUCAUGCUGUGGCAACAAGUAUUGUGUUUAACUGUGUUUCUGAUGAAGGGUUGUCCGAUUCUGGUCCACAGAAGGAUCUGAAGGAUUGCAAUGCCCAACAGUUGAUGGAUAUCAAUCCACUGGAAUUGGAUGCAAUUCGAAUCUGGUAUAGAAUACUUGUUGCCAAGCUUUUGUUUGAACAUUUCCCAUGUUUUGCAAUGUUCAAACCGUACAUCUCUGGGAACACUGAUUGUGCUCAUGCUCAGGAAAUGGCAAGAAAGUCAGAGUUAUGA